AUGACCGAAAGUAAUAAAAAACAAAUUUGGUGGCUAGUAUUACCACCUCUGAUUAUUGUGAUGAUGAUUAGUGCGAUUGAUAGUUUAUUGUUAAAUGAUUUAAUUGAAACUCGUUAUGCAAUGUUUUACAAAUCAAAUACGACGACAAAAUCUAUACAAAGAAGUAUGUGUUUAAAUAGUAGUCAUAUCAGUGAUAUUCCAUCACAAUAUUAUUUAACAACGACCGUAUCUCCAGCCGCAUCUGAUCAAGCUCAGUCAGCAACAGCAAAAUUAAAUAUUGUAAUUUCUCUUUCUGCUACAGUUCCAACUAUAUUCAGUUCGAUAAUACUUGGAUCAAAUUGUGAUACUAUCGGUCGAAGGGUAUUAAUAACUCUUCCCUUCAUUGGAAAACUGUUAAGAUAUGUAAUAAUGACGGCGGUGAACAUAUGGAAUUUAUCCAAUAUAUUUAUUAUUAUUUCUGUUAUUCUCGACGGUAUCUUUGGCACAUCAGCUCUAACCAUUUUGAGUGCAUUUGCUUUUGUCACCGAUUGUACUACGUUAAAACAACGAACAUCGGCAAUUAUUAUUACCGAUGUUAGUAUUACAAUGGCGCGUGUUGUCGCUUUAGUUGGACUUGGAUAUUAUUUAAAAUACUACGGCUAUUUGAUACCAUCUUGUGUUACGCUCGGUUUAAGUACAUUAGGUCUUGUAUAUUCUCUGCUAUUUCAACGAGAAUCAAAUCAAACAGUAGAUCAUUUAAAUAUUUUCCAACAAUUAAAAUUGAUACGUUUGACACCGAUAUUUAAGGUUUUACAAGUGUUCACAAUUGAACGAAAAUCAAAUAAACGUAAAAUUCUAUUACUUACAGUAUUCACACAUUUGUCAAUAAUUGUAAUGAUUUAUGGUAGUUUUUCUGUUACAUAUUUGUAUUUGUACGGGCAACCAUUUUGUUGGGGAUCGUAUAAUAUUCCAAAUUUAUUCCCACUUAAUGAUUAUGUAAAAACUGAAUCGCACACAUGGGAAGUGAGUCUAAAUUCAUCCGCACAAGCGAUUCUAGUUCUUUUGCUAACGAUUGUUUUCACAUUAACAAUUACAUCAGAUAGUUUUUUAAUACCCAUGACUGGAGUAAUUACAUUUAUGAUUCAACUAGUGUUAUUUGGUAUUGCACGAUCAACAUGGCUUUUAUACUUAGGUGUAAAGGAAGAAAGUUUAUUCUCCAUAAAACAGUUGAAGUUAACUCUUUUUUUCUUUGCAGCUGUUUGCAUUGGUGCAGUGUUUCGUGUUACAUGUGGUGUACUCCGAUCUCGGAUAACAAAAGUUGUUGAACCAAAUGAAUAUGCUGUUGUCUUCGUGUUUGCUGGUAUAUUCGAAUCAGCUGGAUCCUAUGCACUAAGUGCCAUGUGCAAUGCAAUCUACAAUGCCACUAUUCAUACUGAUCCAGGUUUCGUCUUCGUCGUCAUCGCUGGCGUUGGUAUUCUACCAUUGUUAACCAUGGGGUGA